AGGAAUUCUGGGAGUUGAAGUCCGCAAGUCGUUAAAAGUCGCCCAGGUUGGAGACCCAAAGGGGAAAAAGAUGCUCUCGGGGAUGGUGCGUUGCGAGUGAGCGGCUUGAGUGUCCGCCUUUCUGCUCGGCUUUUGUUUCUUCCCGGGGGAUCGGCGUCCUGAAGGAUUCCGAGGUGUAUCUGGAAGAUAAAAUCAUGUCCAAAAGAAAAUGUCUGUUUACUGAGAAGACCAGGCGCAACUAUCCUGAUUUUCGCAAAGGUAGAGAUGACUAUGAAGCAGAGUGUUUGGUCUGCAAACCUGGCACCUUUGUGUCAGUCGCACAUAAAGGUCCUGGGGACCUGGAGUAUCACAUGUCCUCUGAUAAACACAAGAAAGCACUCAAAGCAUACAAGCGAAACAAAGCAAUAACACGGGACCGUUGGUGCGCAAAAACAGACUUUUUUGUGGAUCCAGACAGUGAAACAGAGGAUGCUGUUACUGCAAGUGAGAGCAAUUUGGCAUUCCACACUGUCACGAAUCACAACACUGACAAAUCGGUGGAUGAUCAUUCUGACUUGCUGAGACAGUUAUUUUCUGAGGCAGACCUAGCUCAGAAAUUUUCCAAGGUUCAAACCAAAAGAGAAGGUAAUGAACGUUGUGUACUUGCUCCACAUAUAGACAUGGUUGACCUGGAAGAACACGGCAUCCCUUUCUGCGGGGUGGCCAUAGAUGACAGCAGCCAUAGGGCCAUGAAAAUGGUCCCGGUACUCAUCCAGUAUUACGACUACAGGAACGGCGGCUUGAAGACCAAACUCCUGGACCUUCAGGAAACGGCCACUGAGACGGAUGUUUCAGAUUCUCUUGUCAAAGCUCUUAAGAAACACAGAUUGCUUCAGAAGUGCGUGGCGUUCGCGGGGGACAACUGCAACACCAUGUUUGGUGAACUUCGGCAAGAUGAAGAGGCGAGGACUGUGUUUGCCCAGCUGAAGAAAUCCCUCCAGAGGGAGACGUUGAUCGGGGUGUACUGCCCUGCCCACAUUUUGCACAACUGCAUCCACCACGGAGCAGACGCCCUCGAGGUGGACGUUGAGAACAUCAUCCUAAAGAUCUACCAGUACUUUCACAUCUACACGGUCCGGGCGGAAUCCCUGCAAGAAUACUGCGAGUUUGUGGAGGUGGAGUACAAGCGGCUGCUCUCCCACAGCAAGACUCGAUGGCUGUCCUUGUUCCCGGGCAUCACGAAGUUGCUCCAGAUGCACUCGGCCCUGAAGUCCUUCUUCUUGGGCCAGAGCAACCCGCCCGCCGUGCUCAAGAGCUUCUUUGAGCACGAGUUCAGCGAGCUCUACCUUUGGCACAUGCACUCGCUGAUGAACGCCUUCCAUUUGCACAUCGAAGAGAUGGAGCGGGAAAAUAACUCCCUCGUGGAGGUGAUGAAGACGCUGGACUCUGUGCACACCAUCCUGCUGGACCGAAGAGCCCAGAACUUCAUGUCCCUGACGGUGAAGGGGAUGCUUGCAGACAAGCGCAAGGAGGGGCUGGAGGAAGGAUGUGACGCCUUCUCCGAUGCGGUGCGUCGCCUCUACAGUCAUUGCAUAGAUUACCUGGAGAUGUGGAUGUCAUCUCUGCAAGAGUUUUCCUGCUUCGCGUGGAUGGCCCUGAGUGACACACCCAGCUGGAGUGACGUGGAAGCAUGUAUAACAUACUUACGUGAGAAGGGUCUGGAAAUUGACAGUAUGGAGUGCUUCAUUCAGUUCAACAAUAUGAAAAAAUUCAUGGAAGCUUCCAGAGAUGAAGAGGAGUUCCAACAUCUGCUUUCACAUGAAAAAUGGACUAAAUAUUUUCUGAAUAUCAAAGCUGCUGAAUGCUAUUCAGAACUGUUAAAAAUUGUGCAGUUCUUCUUUGCAAUUCCCUCCCACGGUCUAAAUACUGAGGGCUUCUUAUAUUAGAUGCAACUGCUGUAGACUCCGGUGCAAAGUUGCCUGAACGAUCUAUGGCGCUACAAGAAAAUUUUAGAGAACCUGUUGGAAAAAUAGCUGUCCCCUUUUUGAUUUGCUCUAAUGAGAAAUACACAUGUAUCUAGUGAGAAGAAACAGAGAAAGAUUGGGGUAGUUUUUUAUUUUUAGCUGACAAGUAUUUGGGAAUUUGUAAAUGCUAUAUCAUGUGACAUAUUUUAAAAAAUUAAUUGAUGUAUAUUUUUGUUUAGCCUGUUCCUGCUGUGAUGUCUUGGGCCCCACACCAAGUUUCUGUUAGCUGCUAUGGAGUCCUUUUGUAUUUUUUGCUAUACAGGCAGAAUAAAAGGUUUGAAUGAAUGUAUUACGCAUAAUUUAAAGCACAAAAUUGUAAAGAUUGAAGAUGCUUUGUAGGCCGAGAUUGUUGGAUGAUAGGAUUGUUACCGAAAUGUAUAUGUAAAUUAUACAAAUAUUACAGACAAAACAUGCAAAUUAUUUUGCAAAUGUCUUCUUUUUGGGGGGACAUUGCAAGUGUGAGUUUGUUACACUCCCAAAAAACAAAAUCUAUUAGUUUUUAUUUCAUGAGAGGAUGUAUUGUGUCCUGAGCAAAACACAC